UCCUCCCACUGAGACUGGAGUGCGUCAAAAGCGUGCGUCAGAUUCUGCUCUUCCAGUCCGCGGCUCUCUCUCCUCUUCCCCGGCGAUUGUUCUCGUUUCUGUCGCUAAAGUUAACUGACGUUGUCGAGGUGAAACACCCCGAUACACCUGAACCUGAGAAGAAGGCUCUGGAAAAUGGCGGAUUUGAGGAGCUUCGUCCCACUUCUUCUUCUUAUUGUCUUGGGCUUGACAACAGUUGAGGCUCAGACUUCCGCAGUCUGUGAGUCAAGGAACGGCACCAGCUGCGAAGAAUGUCUGAGAAAUGUCACAUGCUUGUGGUGCAUCAAGACCAAGUCCUGCAUAACCUAUCCAGUCCGGACCAUCCUCCCGCCGCACUCCCUGUGCCCGCUCAACGACGCCCGCUGGGGGCUUUGCUGGAUGAACUUCCAGACCUUGAUCAUCACCUUGGCGGUUAUCGGUGGCGUCAUCAUCAUCGCCCUGCUUGUCUGCCUCUUCUGCUGCUGCAAGUGUGAAAACUUUGGGUCCAGCAGGUUUGAAGCCAAGAUGCAGAGACAAGCCAAUAAGACCAAAACCAAACAAGAAGAGAGGAGAGCGGAGAUGAAGCAGCGUCACGACGACAUUAGGAAGAAAUACGGUCUCAGCGGACAGAAUCCCUACUCCAGAUUUGCUUAAAAGACUGUUCUGUCAUUCAAACGACUGAAUUCCCAACACAGAAUUCUCGUUUGUGGUGACUCGAGAAUGUAAAUUAUUAUGAUAUAAAUGUCACUGAUAUAACAGUUGUCUGUGGGCAGCGUUCUUCAGAACAUCUGCCGACUGGUUCUGACAAAAGUAGCACCUGCGAUCAUUUAAAUGUUCACAAGCCCAUUUGUGAAAGAGUCCUUUUGCUUCCAUCAUUUGCCUCAUUUAUAGCACAACAGUGCGUUUCUAGAAUCAUUGCAACAAUGUUUUCCUAUGUUUUUAGUCCACUGUCAUGCUGUUUAGUGCUCAGUUAUUUUUGUACAGUUGUGCUGCAGUUAUGUCUCUAAUAUGUUGGGAGCAAUAAUAAAAGUUUGCUUCUAUUUAAUAAAUUUGAUGUUUGUUUUAAGAUUGUGUUGAUUUUAAUGCCUCAGCUGAGAAGGUUUCGUCAGCAGUUUUUCAGAAUAAUAAAAUCUGAAUUCCUGAAUAGUACAUUGUGAGAAUAAUAAUAAAAAAAGAAAUAGUAAACCUUAGUAUUUAACGAGAGGCAUCGAUUAUACUACAUCAUAUCUCUGGCGCCACCUGGUGACGUCACAUGACAUCCCGAGUUGUUACGUUUUACGUAACGACCGCGCGCUUGUUCAUCUUGUACGAUGUUGCCUUUACGAACGCUCGUUAAA